UCGCGAAUCAAUCUAAACGGUCCAGAGCUUCGGAGGACUGUCGAAAAUUAACAGGGAUUCGCACUUUUGAGUGAUUAUCAAACGUAUGCAUAAGAGCAGAAAAUGCAGUAGUGGAAACCGUGCGCAAUUUUGUGCUUAGUUUUCUGGUAUCUAAUGAGAAGAAAGAUGAGCCCGGGUUACUGAUUGGAGUUGACAAGCCCGCUCCACAACUAUAUCCACUCUUCCACCCCCUCUCUCCCAAACCAGGAAAUCGAAGAGGUGUUCUCGCCCCUUGAUAAACUCAUACCCCUUUGUGGGGCGAUAGAUGAGUCGUACAUCGAUAACGUAGAUUUUAAUUUUGUUUUUUUUCUUUGUUACUGUGGGCUUAAAUCUGAAGCCGACAACUCAACGACGGGAAGGAUCUGCACUCUCACCGAACAAUGAGUGAGUCGAGUAUUUGCCAGGCACGUGCCACGGUGAUGGUCUAUGAUGAUGCCAAUAAGAAGUGGCUCCCGGCAGGCACGGGGCCUCAGUGCUUCAGCAGGGUGCAGAUCUACCACAACCCCAGCAACAACGCCUUCAGAGUGGUGGGCCGCAAGAUGCAAACCGAUCAACAGGUGGUGAUAAAUUGUCCAAUCGUGAGAGGGCUAAAGUACAACCAGGCCACACCCAAUUUUCACCAGUGGCGAGAUGCGCGGCAGGUUUGGGGACUGAACUUUGGCAGUAAAGAAGACGCAGCUUUGUUUGCUAAUGGCAUGAUGCAUGCUCUGGAUGUCCUCAACUCCAUGCCUGACACAGGGUACUCCUCCCUCACCCGGCCAGUGUCAAAUGGACCAUCGCCAGAGGAGCUGGAACAGCAGAGAAGAUUAGAGCAGCAGAGAAUUGAACAACAAGAGAGAGAGAGACAAGAAAGAGAAAGACAGGAGCGAGAGAGACUGGAGAGAGAGCGACAGGCUGCUGCUGCUGUUCCCCCUGCUCCACUUUUGGCCCCUGGAGGCCCUCCAGCUCCCCCUGGGCCCCCACCUCCCCCUGGACCUCCUCCACCCCCGGGACCCCCUCCACUGGGUGGUCCUCCUUCGUCGGGUGGUCCUCCUCCUGCGCCUCCACUGCCUGCCUCAGGAGGAGGAGGAGGAGGAGGUGGAGGAGGAGGAGGUCUUGCUGCUGCUCUGGCGGGAGCCAAACUUCGCAAAGUGCCUAAGGAGGACAGUGGCACUGCCAAGCCAGAUGCCAGUCGCAGCAGUGGUUCCUUGCCAGCUGGAGGAGGGGAUCUGAUGGGUGAAAUGAGUGCCAUACUUGCACGACGGAGAAAAGCUGCAGAUAAAGGAGAGAAGGUGCCCGCAAAGGCAGAGGAGCCCAGUAAUGAUGACUCAGACACCGCAGGCCAAAGUGACACAAUAAGGAGACCAUGGGAGAAGUCAGCAACCAUUCCCAGGAAUAACUCAGUGCCCAGGAGCAUGGAUUCCCUCUCCCCCUCUCCCUCUCUCAGGAUGAAGCAAGGGGGUCUCUCAAACGAGACAGAGAGUGGAGAGGAGUCAGAGAUGGAGAGAAUUAAACAGGAGCUGCUGGAGGAGGUGAGAAAAGAGCUGCAGAAAGUCAAAGACGAAAUCAUUGGAGCAUUUAUCCAGGAGUUACAGAAGAGAGGAUCCACAUAGUCUCACAGCAAUGGAUGAGAAGGGAUGUCCUUCCUUUUCUGAGUAGCGCAGGGAUUUCCCCAUCUUGUGUACACACACAAACACAUACACAUACAUGCACAUGCACACAUUCUCGCCAAGUAUCCAGGGACAUUUACCCACAAUCCCUCAACCCAUAAUGAGGUUCAGUCAUAUCCAGCUGAUCUGCUGCCAUUUCUUUCUUCUCUUUUCUUCUCAUCUGUCUCGUCAUACUCGUCUUUUAGCCUCACAUCAUCGGAAUCAAGCACAUAUCCCUUCUUCUCCUGACCCCAGCUGCAUUAAGCUGUUAACGAUUUUGUCAUAAGCACCAGUUCUUGCUGAAAUUUGACCAUAUUCAGGGAAUACAGCAUAUCAUUCAUCCCAAUUACUGUAACGGCAUCAUGCUAGCAUGCGCGGCUUUGUGAAGACCCAGGAGCAUGACAGGGCACGGCUGCAGGCUAUGCCACUGCCCACAGAGGGACACAGCAGCUGGGGAUGCAGCCAGAUGUGGAUUACAUCUUAUCAGUCAGACU